AUGGUCGUGGCGAUGAAUGGUGGAAACAACAUAGAAAUCAUGUCGAGGAAUGGCGAUGUUCCUGUAAAAAGGCAACGUUUUAACACCCGUGUGCCUUUAAAGGUAGUUUUAGGAUCACAAUGGGGAGACGAAGGAAAAGGGAAAAUAGUCGACAUGUUGGCGACAGACGUGGAGAUCUGCUGUCGAUGCCAGGGAGGAAACAAUGCUGGGCACACUGUAGUGGUGGGAACGAAAGCUUACGACUUCCACCUGCUGCCCAGUGGUAUCGUCAACAGUGAGUGUGUGGGUGUAAUAGGAAAUGGAGUUGUGAUUCACUUACCAAACUUGUUUGACGAGAUCAGAAAGAAUGAAGACAAGGGUUUGACUGACCUUAAGAAACGUUUGAUAAUCUCCACAAGAGCACAUCUAGUGUUUGAUUUGCACCAACAAGUUGAUGGUAUGCAAGAACAAAACAGAGGCAAGAACUUAAUUGGUACUACGAAAAAGGGUAUUGGUCCAGCGUAUUCAUCUAAGGCAACGAGGAAUGGCCUACGAAUUGCUGAUCUCCUUGGCAACUAUUCUAAUUUUUCAGAACAAUUUCGCAAGCUGGUAGACUUCUAUGUCAGACAGUUUCCGGAACUAGAGAGUGUCGUCAAUGUUGAAGAAGAGUUGGAACGUUACAAAGUGCUGAGGGAAGAAGUUCGGCCCAUGGUACGUGACACCAUUCCUUAUCUGCACAAAGCCAUCACUGACUGCAAGACGAUCCUUAUAGAGGGAGCUCAGUCUAAUGUCCUUGACAUUGAUUUUGGACUUUACCCCUAUGUGACCUCGUCAAACUGCAGUGUGGGAGGUAUUUGUACUGGACUGGGUAUUCCACCCCAUGUUCUAGGCGAUGUGUUUGGUGUUGUCAAGGCCUACCUCACCAGAGUGGGCAGCGGAGGGUUCCCUACAGAACUUACAGAUGAAAAAGGUCAAAUUCUUGUUGAUAGAGGUCACGAAUAUGGAGUGACCACUGGUCGCAGGCGACGUGUGGGCUGGCUUGACAUGGUCAUGCUGAGAUAUUCGAACAUGAUCAAUGGUUUUACUGCUGUUGCUAUCACCAAACUGGAUAUACUGGACUGUUUCAAGGAGCUGAAGAUUGGUGUGAAGUACAUCCUUGAUGGUCAGGAACUUGACAGCUUCCCAGCUCUGGAUGAGGACUUGAAGCGAAUUGAGGUGGUAUACGAGACCCUGCCUGGCUGGGAAGAGGAGACCUCUGCUGCUAGGAAGUUUUCAGAACUACCUCAGAAUGCUCAAAAUUACAUCAGGAGAGUGGAAAAAUUGAUGGAAGUGCCAGUGAAAUGGAUUGGUGUUGGACAAUCGAGAGACUCCAUCAUAGAAGUGAGCAGCUGCUGACCUAGUGCCCUAGUUAGGGCUUCAUUAGAUGUCAAAGAGCACACGUAACUGAAAUAAGAGGUGUCGGUCAUAAUCUUAUAUUUUUUAAUAUGGUGUAACUGAAAUUUUUAUCCUUAGAAUUGUAAAUCUUACAUGAAUUUUUAGGAUAACACAGUAAAUCUCAUAUAUUAAACAUCCUCCUCUUUUUCCUUUUGCGUUAUGGUACUCAGCGAAAUGUUUUAUGUAAUCUGUCGUAUCUCCGUCUAUGCAUGGCAAUUUUGGUGACAAAUUAUGUAAGGUGUUCUUAAUCUGUAUGAUUAUAUUUUUAAAAUGUGUAAUCAAUUUUCAUUUGUGAUUGAAAAUAAAAUAUUGAUCUAAUUUUUGUAUUUCAUCUGAAAAUAAAUUUUAAAGUAUUUAAAAGAAAUAUAAUCCACUUUGAAUGGUAUGUUAUGGGAUAUCAGUUUUGGUUGGUGCCUCUAUGUGAAGUGGUGAAAUUUUUACCUCUUAAUUUGAACUGAUGACUAAAACAGACAUUUUGCCAGAAGAACUGUAUUUUAAACCUCCACAUGUAAAUUAUCAUUUGAUUUAGUUUUAAUAUGUUGUUUUAGUUUGUUAUAAUUUGUUGAAAAAUCUUCAGUAAAAAUCUCACCUUCCAAUACAAUUUUACUGUAUGGAAAGAAAGCUUAACUUGGCCAUAUUGGUCACAUCUGCAUAGAUUUCUGAUAGAUUUGUGUUGGAAAUUUGGACAAGAUUUUUGAAGGUGAUGACGGUAAUAACUUCAUUGAAUGGAUUAUGCCUUCUAAUUUUGUGAAAUUUUUAUGUGGUCCAAAUUUGACUGAAUUUGGGUGGAGUGAUUUUUUGUGUACCUUCUAUACUAAAGCAUCACUAUUUGUUUGGGAGAGGACAACAUUGCAAGGAAAACUUGUUGGGAUCAUGACUUCUGCUUUUGUAUAUACUUCAGGUGCUACCAAAAGUAAUCCAUGCAUUUGGUUCAUUACUUCUUCAAAUAUUAACAUUUUUUUGAAGGAUAUCCUCAUGCUUUUUAAUUUGUUUUGUUUUUUCAAUUCUAUACACCCAUUGUUGAAAAGCAUUUCUGAAUUCCCGGUAUUCAUUUAUGUCUUGUUUAGGUUUUUUGUGUUAAAUUUCAUUCUUUAUAAGGUAACCUGCUGUCAUGUUGAUGUAAAAAUAUCAAUGUAUUUACUUAAAUAUUUUUAGUUAACCAAUGUCAAUGAUUUUGUUUGCUUCGCCAAUUUUGUAUUUACUUUUCGAAUAUGUCAAGAUAUCUGUAGAUCAUCUCCCUUUGACUACAAAAUUUUGCUGGUUUAGCAUCAGUUUAUCAGGUUUGUUAUAGUGGUAGACUGGAUUUCUUUUGUUGUCUCUGUGUACAUAUCCGUUUGUUACAUUUCUCAAAUGGGCUGGUCAGGGCUAUUCCAGAUUCUGUACAUUUUGGGAGGCACUUUAAUUGAUGUAUACAUGGAUGGUAGUCUUCUGUAAUAAUUUCACAGCAAGACCCCGAAAGCAAAUAUAUUAAACCAUGGGUUGUAAGAUCACUGAAGCAGUCUACUUUCUCUCUGUUAGUUUCCAGUUUAAUCCUAGGUCAUCAUUAUGUGUUAUAUAUUAUAAUUUGUGAAAGAAAUGAAACUUGUAUUUGGAAGGAAAACAUACUUAUUCUCAUCCAACUUCAUUUACAUUCAACUUUACGAUAAAAACUUUAUUGAAACGCAGGUAUUUGGAGAACACGUUAUGAGACAGAUUUUAAGGGACAAAAAUUAGACUUCAAAGAGUAUUUGCCACAUGUUUGUACCUGGUGUACAUUUCUUUUGCAUGGGUGGCUUCUAAAUCAAACUUGGAACAAUAAAAAAAAUAAUAGAUUUCACUGCUCUUUGCUUACCAUAUUAUUAAAUAAAAUGUUUAUCCUAAAUGAAGACUGUUCUAUACUUGUUUGGUGCACAGGUAUCAUUUCUUAAACUAACAAAGAAAUAAAUAAUAGGCCCAGUAUCCUGUAUGUAGUUAUAUUAUAUACAAUAUUUAUCAUCAAUAUUGGCAACAUGUGAAGAUCGUUGAAAUCCUACAUCUUUAUUUUCAUUUUCGGUUCUGGUAUCUAUUUACACACUACCCAAGAUUUUUUCAUGCAAUAACAUUUAUCGUCUUCAACAAAUUCACACGAAGAUUUUGGCAAAAAAAUAUAUAUAGAUAUACUCCCUUUGAUACAUUUGUAAUUCUAAACAGUUUAAACUUGUAAACUUAACAAGAUUUAGUUAAGGCUCGUUGUUGUCAUCUUUUGUAUUUAUUCUAUCUGUCAGUAGAAGAAUUUUUUCCACUUAAAACAGAAAUCACCAACUUUUUGUUCAUUAACAGGUAUACAUUAAAUUCAUGACUUUGAACAUUUUUGCUUAUCAGAAGUUUUGUGAUCCCUGGGCCUGGUUAUUUCUAUACAAAUGUUGUUGAUGGAAUUGGUGUGAAAUAUAUAGAGAAUGCUACCCAGUUGUUACUUGCUGAUGGAAUGUGGGAAACAUGUAUAGUUAAGCUGUAAUAAUGUUCCUGUAUUUUGUACAUUAAUAGAUCUGUUCAUAGACAGCUAAGCAAGACGAGGGCUAUUCCAGAUAUUAUUGGGAGUAUGGAGGACUUAAAACAUUAAGGGAUGGUUAAACAGAGAGAUAAACGAUCUUUACUUGUGAGACGGGGGACAAGACGUGAAUUGUCCCAACCCAUUAUCCACAAUAUCUUUCUGGAAUAGCCCUGAAAUGACACACAUUUCUGUAUACAGUAUAUUGUGUAAUAUUUUUUAUCAGUUAUACCACGCUCUUUCUGUACCUGAACUAAAAAUAUGGGAAGGAUUAAAAUUGUCUGUAAUUCUU